UAUAGCAAGCGUCCUCCGGCGUUCCGUGAGCGGACUUUAUGGAUGUAUAUUUGCACGUUUGAUAAGGUCGGAUAACGGAGAGCACUGAGAGGAUUUACCGCUGAACCGGGGAGGACUUCUUCAUAGAUUGAACUGGUAGACCUCCCUCCCCCGUCUAAAAGCGGGGAACUGGAUUAAGAGUCUUCAUGCAACUUUUUUGGAAAGAGACCAAGAGCGUUUCACCGGGGAAUAACAAGAAGACUUACACAGGUGACAUCGCUCUCUCUCCGGUACCUGCAGGUGUCGCGUUCUCUUUCGGCCCCCCCGGGGAGAUGUACCAAGGAUUUCCCGGCGACCCAGACAGCGGUUCCCGUGGAAGCUCGUCUCCAUCUAUAGAGUCCCAGUACCUUUCCUCCGUGGACUCCUUCGGGAGCCCGCCGACCACCAGUGCUCCACAGGAGUGUGUGUCAGCAAGUGCUGGCUUGAGCAUUGUGGGCAGCGGGCCAGGGACAAGUGGUGGAGGUGAGAUGCCCGGUUCAUUCGUGCCAACCGUCACUGCCAUCACCACCAGUCAGGACCUGCAGUGGAUGGUACAGCCAACCCUCAUCUCAUCCCAGGCUUCUGGACAGAGUGGCUCCACCGGGACCACGACCAUGACCCAACCAGCUUCACUGGUUGAUCCGUUUGACAUGCCAGGCCCGAGUUAUUCCUCAGUGUCUGGAUUCACCCCACCGAGUUCAGACACUCCAGGGCCAGCAGCCGGCCCUGUCCGUCAGUCCAGAGCCCGAACUCGCCGUACACGAGAAGAGUCUGUGAGUGAAGAUGGAGAUGUUGGUGUGUUACUAACACCCGAGGAAGAAGAAAAGAGACGUGUUCGUCGAGAGAGGAAUAAGCUGGCUGCUGCCAAAUGCCGAAAUCGCAGACGAGAACUUACAGACAGACUGCAGUCGGAGACAGACCUACUGGAGGAAGCAAAGGCAGAACUGGAGGCAGAGAUCUCAGAGCUACAGAAGGAGAAAGAGCGCUUGGAAUUUGUGCUGGUGGCUCACCAGGCAAACUGUAAGAUCCCAUACCAGGACCAGCCUCAGCAGGGCUCAGCACAGCUGCCUCCAGUGCAGUCCCAGCUGCCUCCCCAGGCCUUACAACCGCCUGUCUCCAUUGUGGGCUUGACUGUGAAGGAAGACUCUUUCUAUCUGCCUCCUGCCUACACAGCCCAUCCGGCCUCCACACAGUCCCAGCCUCCGGUUCAACAGCAGCAGCAAGUCCAGCAGCAGCCUCAGCCUGGAAUAAUGCAGGAGUCUUCGACCCCCGAGAGCCCGAAGACACCCUCCAGCCCUUGGGACCUUGAGUGAAAGCCGGCUCAACUAACAUGCCCCCCUUUGCACCCUGUCAUACAAGGACAUGGACGCAAGCCCAACCAAACGGAAGAGUCUUUUCUUGGAGCACGUUGCUCAAAUCCUUACAGUGAACAGCAGCUAAAUACUCUGAACACGCACACAGACGCAUAAUUGAUGAACACACACAUGCAAAAAAAAAAAAAAAUGCAAGAUGGAUGCCACUGUCUUCUGCUGAGCCAUUUUUCAUGUUGUUCACACAAUGAAGAUUAGACACACCAGUUGUGAGGAUAUAAAGAGACUUAAGGAAUUAAGGAAGCAAGCAGGAAAGGCUCUGAGGGAGUCCGGAUAGAGGAUGGCUCUCAAUUUAACGACGGAUUUUUGUGACCAAAAGUUUUAAAAAAAGGAAACAAAACAAAACAACAACAGAAAAAAAAAGAAUAAACAAACAAACAAAACACACAGAAAAAAAAAAUCUUCUCUUGCCAACUGUGUGGAAGGGUGACCUCAGUAAAAACACCUCCAUACCACAGAGCCUCAUCGCCCUGGGCCGACAUGCGUAUAUUCACGCCAUCGCUUUCAACAACUGAAGAUGUUUGCUGCAGCGCACCAGCUCAGAGUUUUGCUCACACUCAUUCAGAUGUGAACCGAUGCCUUUAUUUAGAGGAGAGACUUUUUCUUUUCUUUUUUUUUCUUUUUUGGGGAUAGUGAUUCAGACAACCUCUAAACAUUGGGCUCAGUGGUCUCUGUACCUCCUCUGUUCUCUAGCGGGGAUGAGGCGGAGGUGCGUUUAUUGUGAGUGCGUCCACUCUGAGGCACCUGGCCCGUUUAUUUCUUUCUUUAUUGAGGUUGAUGGGGCCAGUGAGCACAAAAGCAAGACCUGGAAACGAAAGGGGAGAACAUGUGGGCUGUUGUUUUGGAGUAAAGCGUCCUUUCCUUUGCCUGUGAAUUUGUAAUUUUUUUUUUUCCCUGUAUGUUUGAGUAAGA